AAUUCGAAUAGCCAAGAUGCCUGAGAAAGCACCGGAGAGGAAAUCUAAAAUCUCAGCCUCGCGCAAGCUCAUGCUGAAGAGCCUGAUGGUAGCCAAGGCUAAGGAGGACCUGGAGCAGGAAAUGGUCGAAAAGGAGGAACAAAAGGCAAAGUACCUGGAAGAAAAAGCUCCUCCAAUACAGACCAGCAGAAUGUCCUUAGCAGAGCUGAGGACAUUAUGUGAAGAGCUGCAUGCCAAAAUAGAUGUGGUGGACGAGGAGCGGUAUGAUAUCGAAGCCAAAGUCUUGCACAACACCAGAGAGAUCAAAGACCUAAACAUCAAGGUACUGGACCUGCGAGGGAAGUUUAAGAGACCCAACCUCAGGAGAGUGAGGGUUUCUGCUGACGCCAUCCUGCGCUCACUCCUGGGCUCAAAACACAAGGUCUCCUUGGAUCUGCGAGCUAACCUCAAAUCGGUCAAGAAGGACGACACAGAAAAGGAGAAGACUGUGGAGGUGAGUGACUGGAGGAAGAAUGUGGAGGCCAUGUCGGGCAUGGAGGGCCGCAAGAAGAUGUUUGAUGCAGCGAAGGGCCCCAACCAGUAGAUGACAGUGCGGCCUUUCAUCUCACGUCAGAUACCAUCACUUGCCAUCCGAAGAGAGCCGAAUACAACACACAAAACAAAAAACACUAACACUUCACCAGGUCACGCAGAGAAUUUCUUGCUACUUCAUGUUCAGUAUCUUUUCCCUG